AUGGCCAGCGAUGAAGAUCUCACACAGUCCUCUAGAACGAACAGAGAGCAUGAUACAGCAAUAGAUGCUGACCACAAGAAUGCCAACGAGGCCAUCACCAUAUCUGCGCAAGAAGCGCCUUGUCUGCGAGACAAAGAACCGACGCAGAAUGACAUCGAAGCUCAGAACUCAGACGCUCUAGAAAAGACCAACAAUGUUAGUCAGGAUCAAAGCCAGAAGGCUUAUACCGCCUUCUCCCCGAGCGCCAAAUGGUUCAUCGUGGCCAUGACUGCCAUGGCGUCGUUCUUCUCGCCCCUCUCCGGCCAGAUAUACUACCCUGUGCUACCCAUUCUGACAGACGCGUACCAUUUGUCUCCGAGUCUGAUCAAUGUCUCGAUCACGACGUAUAUGAUCUUCCAGGGCCUGGCGCCCAGCUUCAUGGGCACGUUCUCCGACGCCAGUGGUCGCCGGUUGGGAUAUAUCCUCGCCUUCACCUUCUACACGGCCGCGAACAUCGGUCUCGCCUUGCAGGACAGCUAUGCCGCUUUGCUGGUUUUGAGGUGCCUGCAGAGCGCGGGCUCCAGUGGCACCAUCGCCUUCGGAUACGCCGUGAUUGCAGACAUUGCUACCACAGGGGAGCGGGGCAAGUAUUUUGGCCCGAUGGCAGCGGGGGUUUUGACGGCACCGGCUCUCGGUCCAGUCAUCGGUGGCCUCUUGACGCAGUAUCUGGGAUGGAGAUCUGUCUUCUGGUUCCUGACCAUCAUCAGCGGCGGCUAUCUGGCCGUGUAUAUCAUCUUCAUGCCCGAAACGCAUCGGAAGAUCGUCGAUGAUGGAAGUACCGUCCCGCAGCAAUGGUGGCGCCAGUCCGUAGCGCAAUACUUGGACUCUCGACGCCGGCUGAAGAAGAUGAGUCCCCAGCAAAGGAUCGAGCACGAGCGCACCCGGCAGGAUCUGCUGGCGCGGGAAAAGGGGACGAAGCUCCGUUUUCCGAAUCCGCUAGAGUCGUUCUUCAUUCUCAUGAACCCGGAUGCGUUCUGUCUUGUCUCAUACGCCGGCCUCAUGAUGUUCACAAACUUAGUUUUGAUGACGAGCACGCCGACCGUGUUUCCAAGGCUGUACGGACUCAACGAGUUACAAGUGGGCCUGUGUUUCUUACCACUCGGCGUGGCUGCCGCGGUGGGCGCCUUCUGCAAUGGCCACCUCCUCGACCGCAACUACAGCCGCAUCGCUCGAAAACUGGGACGCACCGUUGAUCGCAAACGCGGCGACGAUCUUCGCGACUUCCCGAUUGAGCGCGCUCGCCUCCAGACCGUCUUCUUCGUCCAAGCACUGCAGGUAGCGGCUCUGCUGCCUUAUGGUUGGGCACUCGAGAGAGGGGCCUCUCUCGCAGUGCCGCUCGUGUUGCAGUUUCUUCUGGGUUUCUCUGGGGUAGUUGCGUCGAACUCGGUCAGCACGCUCCUCUCCGAUAUCUAUCCAAAUAGUGUUGCGACGGCCUCAGCAGCAUCAAACCUUCUCCGCUGCCUUUUGGGUGCUGUGGGCGCGGCGACUGUUGAUAGUAUGCUGUCGAGCAUGGGGCUGGGUUGGUCUUUCAUCUUCGUUGGCCUGCUCAUGGCAAGCGCGACUGGGUUGUUAUGGGCUGAGCUGACGUGGGGUAUGGGCUGGCGGCAGAAGCGGUGGCAGAGGUUGGAGAUGAAGCGACAAGCCGAGGAGGAAAAGAAGGUCCGGAGAGAGCAAAUCAAGGAUGCUGCCGUAUAG